AUGGAUCCUCCGGUCAAUCUCGAAGAGCUACCCUUCUUAAUCCAGCUGUUUUUCUUCCUCCGCGGCACUGCAACAAGGCCAGGGAGUCUCAUGGAAUGCGAUGCAAGCCAAUCCAAGCUACAAGUAUGGAGGUGGCCAGUGAACCACCGCAAGGAGCGGAUCGCACCCUCCGAUUUUCAUGAACAUCGUUCCACCCACCACUUCCAGUUCCCUGGAUGCUUUUGUCCUCUCCAGGAUGUCGGUUUAGGUCUAAACAAAGAGACCGCGAUAUAUACGCCGACUGGCGGCCCAUACAAGAAUCAGUGGGUCGCCGCUUGUGCUACCCAGGAAUGCCUUUACCUUGUUCCCUUGGCAAUUUUUUAUCGACUGGAUGGGUUGGCCGUCAAUCAUUACGCUCGUAGAAUUUCUGGCGACCAUGGUCCCCUUCCCAUCCUCCAUAUUUCUGAGAUGCGGGACCCUGAACUGUUUUCGCGUGAUAUGAGCCCUGUGGCUCCUACUGAAAUCGACUUGUCAGACGACGGGAGUUCCGAGUCCAAGUCUCAUGAAUCGGAUCUCGACUUCGCGAUGCAGAUGCGCACUCAGGAUUCAGUUCCCCCAAGUCCCAAGACCAGAAUUUAUAUUCGCCGGCAAUUUGCUCUUCGCGCAGCCAAUAUUGUAGUCUGGAACCCGCCUAGAAGUGAACCACUUUCUUUCUUUGCAAUGAUCCGUGCAAUCGAUUCAGCCAUUCGGCCUGGCGUUCCUGUCGAAGACUUUCUCUCUUUGGCUUCCCUCUGUGAUUGCGGUCUUCUCACAUCCCGUAGGGCUUUCUCCUUGCACAAAUGCCAGACUUGUCCACGCCGCCACGGUCAAAUCAUGCCCCAGCUUACUCUGGCAGAAGUUCUGACCGGGAUCGACUCUAUUCUGAAACCCGGUGUCCCUGUCGAAGAAUUCUUACAUGUCGUUGCGCAAUGUGCUUGCGGCAUGCUUGUCACUCGUCGGUCAUUCUUUGCGCAUGCUUGCCAAGCAUCCUGA